AGCCUAGAGAGCAGACAGUUUUUUUCCACCAACUGUGUCCUCUGUGCUGUUUUUAUUUCUCUGUCUCCAGCAGCAGUUUCGGUUUCCAGUUUCGUACGAAGUCAAAUAAACCGAAAUUAGGCUUCACUCAGUUACCACACGAGAGGAGCGCCGGGGCAGAUUGUAGGAUGGAUCAUGUCGUCGUGCAUCGCGUACUUGGUGUGGUGUUGAGCAGUAUCGUUAUUUCUGUUUUCCCUCGCACUUGCUGGGUGUCUGUACGCAGAACAAAUUUUGGUCGUUGGGCAGCAUAGAAUCAAUAAGGAGGAAAGAGAAAGAACAAGAAGAGGAACGCAUCGCAGACAAGUACAAGCAAUGCCGAAGAUGAUGAGACUCGCUUUCGCAACCGAGAAGGCGCGCUUCAUUCCGUUUCCGACGGAUGGAGUUGCCGUCGUGCAUAAUUCCACCCAUAAGUCGGUAACACCUGCUACUCGAGCUCGAAUUUUUAGCAACUACAGGCGCGCGGCCGUACGACCGUCAUCAGGCUCGUCAGAGUGGUCAGAAAGUAACGUAAUAAAUGCAGGAGAAGCGUCGGUAAUACUAAUAUCGCAAUCGCAAUGGGGGGAUCAGAUCGUGCUCCUAGCAGCCCGACACCGCCAGUAUGGGAUUACUCGCAAGCGUUUCGUUCUCAACUGUAGUUGCGUGAUUUGUCAUGGUCACACAGAAUCACUAUCACGCUUCAAACGAGCAAGCUUCGUCGCAUGACAAGUUCUUCUUGACGUCGUGCUAAAUUGCUUCAUAACCUAUCCGCGCCAAAUCUGUAUGAUGCAAGAUGCGCAAGGUCCCCCGCCCCGCCCUAUCGCUUAAUCUAUAUACUAUAGGGGCAAGAUAUGCAUUUGCUCCUCCCAAAGCUUCUGAAGGUUUGACCUUCUGAAGACCUUCUGACGCUCAAAAUUUGAUUUUCAAGCUUCAGAAGGUCAAAAAAAAUAGUCGGCUACUUUUCAUCUUUAAAAACGCAGAAUUAGCUCGCGCAAAUCAAAUUGUGGCUCAUUGUUUACAACCUUCAGAAGGUCUAGCCUUCUGAAGGUUUUUUUUCACCUUCUGAAGAAUUUUUUCGAUUUUUCGACAAAAAAACCUUCAGAAGGCCAAAAAAUGACUUUGAAAAACCUUCAGAAGGUAGGCAUUCUUCUGAAGGUUUGCUUCGUUUGAUGAAAUUGCAAACCUUCAGAAGGUUGCGAGUUUUUACACGCAAAAAAUGAACAAAAAUCGGAACACCUACAAAAACCUUCAGAAGACUAAAAAUCUUCUGAAGGUUUUUCAAAAAUUGUCUCGUUUUUGAAAAAAUGCAAAAAUUAAAAUUCGCACACCUUCAGAAGAAUUUGAUUUGUCAUUCUUCUGAAGGUGAACCUUCUGAAGACUCUCCAGAAGAUAUUACACAAAUCGGCGCUUUUGAUGCGCGCGAAACUGUUUCCUCGCCUAAAAAAGGCUUCUUUUGUGACAGCCAGUGCUCAAAAAAUGAAAAAAACCUUCAGAAGCUCUUCAGAAGCUUCGCCGCUUUUUGCGUUUCUUGCGCGCAGCUGCUGUUUUUUUCCUGCGCAGACGACAAAAAUGAAUGUUACCUAUAAUUCGAUGAAGCGCUUGUUGUUCUAGUUGCUUUUUUUUCAUGGCUCGGAGCCUCCCGAUAGAAUAGCUCGGCGGAAAAUUUUCGCUGGUCUUAUUGGGGGAAGAUUUUCGCUUUCGGGCCUUCGGCCGCGUCCGACGCAGCUACUCGACGAGGAACCGCUACGCCGCAUCAGUCUGGCGAUGGAAAGAUAACAAAUUGGAAAAAAAAGUGAAAGAAGUAAGAUGCUCUCGAUGAGAUCUCAGUGAGAUUGAUUUCAGUUAGUCUCACUUUGAAAAAAGUGAGAUCCCAGCGAGAUCUUACUUUCUAAAGAAGUCUCACGGUCCGAGUCACUUCUCCGAGAGGGCCCAAAAGCGAGACUUUGACAAAAGUGAGAUCUCGCUGAGCUCUCACUUUCUGAGCCAUCGCACUUUUGGGCCGCCAAGUGAGAUUUUGAAAAAAGUGAGAGCUCUCUGAGAUCUCAUUUUCUGAGAAUUCUCACCUUUGGGCCGCCCGAAAGUGCCAUUUUUAAAAAAGUUGUGAGCAGAUCUCACUCCUUGUUUUCCGGUGCGGCAGUGAAGUUCUUUUUUCUUUCACAAUCGACGGGAAGAACAAAUACAAUGCUUGCCCCACGACGCAGUCGUGGGGAGUGGUUCUUAUUUGCUAUUCUUGCAGCAUCACAAACUCAUCAUAGCAGUUGAGAGCGCAACGCUUGAAACGCCAUAGCCAGCCAACAUCGGACCUUCGUACCGCUACGACAUCCCGAGGCACAAUGAUGACGAGGAGAAAGCGAGUAUCCCGUGCAGAAACUUCCCCGCCCCAGACGAGUUCGAGUUGCAAUGCAAAGCGAGGACAUGCCUCAAUUUCUCUGUGUUAUGCGCAACCCUAUGAGGAGCAUUUUCCAACGCUAUUUUGGGACUUGUCAUUCUGGAACCAGGAUAGAGGCAGUCGAUUUGUGAUGCGGUUGCGGUUGCACUAGCUAAACAGGAGUAAAAAGUUAAGUACGCUAGUUGUACGAGCUCAGACUUGUCAUGCGCAAAAGCCAAAGCUUGCUGCUUUCUGUAGCAAAGUCGGCAUCUUGACUCUGCGGUCGUGGGGACCAGGUUUUCAUACAGGAUAGUGAGCCCGCUGAAGCGGCUGUAUCACAAGGGCAUCGCGGCGGGCUUCACUUACUACGAGAAAAGCAUGGCAAAUUUGCGCGCGAAGCUCUACGAAAAUUUGGAAGGCGGUCAGACUGGUACUUUAUAUAACUACUCUGUUUGUAAGCAGGAGACUAUGCGCCAGCUUUGCUUCUUUCUUAUCCUUUAUAACGUCGAGAAUGAGAUAAAGAUAUAAAUAUCCCGACAAUUUUUUUUUAUUUCAACCCAAUAAUUAUUUCAGGUGUUGAAGAAGGCGAUGGAGGGACUUCUACACGAGCCAGAUCGGAGCCGCGGCGGCGUCGGAUGGUUGCGAUGCGUCGAGGGAGCGACACCGUAGCGGAGGUUGAAGACGAAGAGCUCCUGAGCUCAUCUACUACCAAAAGUACAACUGGUACAACUGGAACCAAUACCAACGAUGCUGCGAAGAUCAACCAGGAAAGAAUUCCUGCGUCAAGUGACGAUCUCGAUAAUUCGGAAUCGUCCGUCUUGCGGCAGCGCAACAGGGUGACGAACCGGUCCAAGUCCCCCUUUCGGAGACUCCACACCAUCACCGUCGCGGAGGAUAGUAUGGAAGUAGAAAUAAACCACGACCCGGGGUCAUCGUCAAUAUUUGGGGAUGAUGAUGAAAAGGAGGGGGCUCUUCAUCUUGCUGCUGGAGAAGAAGACGAGAAUGAUGACGCGGCGGAGCAUAUUAGAGGGUCGUCCUCAACGAGGAGGAGCCAUUCGACUUCGCCUAGCGGUGGAACGACGACAAAACAUUUUCAGAAAACUGUGCAGCAGGAUGAAAAAUUUAACGCCGAGUGCAGCUGCAGGGUUGAUGUGACAAUCGACGCGAUUGACGUGGAUGUGAAGCCCGGAAAGGAGUUUCCACUCGCGAAGUAUUGCAUCCAAGUCCUGUCCGACGCGGAGGAGUCAGAUCUGGUUUCCCUGCGCUACAUGCGGCGCAGGAAAGGGCUGCUGGAGGAAGACGAGGAUUAUGAUCCUGGCGGGCCACCGCAUGAGAGUUCUUCCUCUACUGAUACAACAACGUCUGGAAGAAGUACCACGUUGGAACCGGUAGACACUGGGGCGUGCCUGCGAGUUGCGGACAUUCGCACCGACAUUGUGGUGUAUCUCUGGGGCCCGAGCUACAUUGCUGGCAGACUACGUCCGGACUAUGUGGUGUGCAUACCACUGGCUGGCGCGCUGUUGUCUGGUCCUGCUGCUUCCAACAAUCUUCGAAGCAGUCUCUUAACGGGCAACAUUCCGCCCGUGUCAUGGUUGUGUAAAGGGAUCCAACCCACCGCACUUCCGUCGACCUGGUACACUUUUUUUCCGGCAAGCUACCGCGUUGGCGGUGCUGUUAUCAAUUGUAAAAAUGUCUGGGUCUGGAAGAGUCAUGCUGUUUCUGCAUGACACGGAAGGUCUGGCAUGGAAGCUCUAGCAUCACGGUUUUCAAGAAGCUUCCGCAAUGCCGAACCCGCAUGACAAAUCCCCCAUUUUGGUGACCGAAAGCGGGCAGCUUUUGCUACCCAUGCAUGAGAGAUUUUUGUGUGUUCUGAAAUGCGCAUCACAGGUUACAUCCUUCCAGACCCAGACAUUUUUGCAGUUGAUAGCUCUAGGCGGGGGAAUGGCGCAAGAUCGAGACUUAUCAACUGCAAAAAUGUCAUCUGGGUCUGGAAGAACGCAUGUUUGUCAUGCUUGUCUGGCAUGACUCUUAAAUCUGUCAUGUACGUUACCCAAGAGCCCCGCUUUUCUGUCAUGCAGAAACGCAGUUUGUCAUGCCGAAUGCGAAUAGGCGACACCUAGAAGCUCAGAAACUUGUCAUACUGAGUCAGCACUUGUGGCCUCCUCAUGAUGCACUACGCAGCGUCACAGGUUUCCAGACCCAGAGAUAUUUGCAACGCAUAAGACUUUACGCUAAAGGUCAAGCUGAAACUGGAAAUUCUUCCGCUGAUGUCGAUAGUAGCGAGACAAGCCAAAGCCUCUAGUUUAUCGAAGACCGCAGGAUAUCCAGGAAAAAAACUGUCAAAUGUAAGUUUCUUGGAGGAAUUGCAUCACAAGUUUGCUCUGCAUGACACAGAAAACCUGUCAUGCGUAGCUAGCACGAGAAACAGAACACGUACGAAAAUUGCCUCUGAUGCAUGUCCAGCAUGACAAGUGUAACAGUUUUGCAUUUUCUGCAACACACAGUUACACUUACACAGUUUUUUUCUUGCAUACAGGAGCCGCGACGUGUACAACUAUUUUCCGCCACUACCUGCGACCCGCCCCCACAGUCAGCGUCGACCCCUGGAUAUCCUGUGCAAAAGUAUCGUAGGUACUCAUAGUAAUUGCAGUCAUGCAUUACAAAGCUUUUUCUUUAGGUAAAUCCGCAUUACAAAUUUGAUUUCUCAUGCUGAGAAAAUUUGUAAUGCAUUUAUACGAGUGCGAUCCUUUUGCAGUUCAUACUGGAGCGCGAGCAACGAAAAGGGUCUUUCUCUGGUUAUAACCUGCUCAGGUGUUACAAUCUCAAACGUUACAAUAGAAUCUGAAAUUUGUCUUGCAUGACUAACAUGACAGACUCGGACAGCGUUCCACUUUUUGCAAUACAAAUUUCGCCAGAUUGUAGUGCGGAUUGGGACUCCAGAACUUGUCAUGCGCAAUCCUGUGGGAGUAGGGUAGAUCAUGCACGUCUUGCAACACAAAUUCCAGAUUCUAUUGUAACGCUUGAGAUUGUAACACCUGAGCGGGUUAUACUGGUUGAGGAUGCGAUCGAAUCCCGGAACCGGCUGACGCAGCUACGCUUGCUAUGCUGAGUAAAAACGUCCCCACCCCAGAGUUGUGAUGCUGAUUUGCAAGGACAGGAAGACUUGUAAUGCGCAUCCCCACGAGAGCCAUUUCCAAUCGUGUUUUGGAAUUUGUGAUGCUAAAAAUAGGAUGAGGAGCUGGCUUUCUGAUGCGGCUGUCCUUGCGAAACUGCACUACAAUUCAGAGGGGAACUUGUCAUGCAUGACUCCCAAAACUUCCGAGUUUGUGUUGCAGCUUUCCCAUCUUGACUAUGGGAUGGGGACAUUUUUCCUGACAAUACUUGCACUGGCACUUGCCGCUCGAGGUUUUCUGUGACUUUGUAAAAUGGCUGCGGGCGGAAGACGAGCGCGGUUAUUUGCUCGGAGCUUCGUCUGAUCAUGUGGCGCCGUUGUCAAAAAUCCACAGCAGGAGUAGUUCCUCUAGAACUACUACUACUAGCAGCAAUGAGAAUGAUCUACUCAGACAUGGACCGGCGUUCUUGUACUACAGGCAGACGACCAGAAUUAUUUACCGGAACGGGCUUUUCUUUCUCGCCUUAUGCAAGAAAAAAACUGUGUAAGUGCAACUUUGUCUUGCAGCUAUUGCAAAACAGUUACACUUGUCAUGCCGGAUAUGCAUCAGAGGCUGUUUUUUUAAUACGUGUUUUCGCGUACUAGCUACGCAUGACAGGUUCUCUGUCAUGCAAAACAAAUCUGUGAUGCUAGUCCUGCAAAAAAGUUACACUUACACAGUUUUUUUUUUGGAUACGCCUACUACGCACUGCACUGGACGCUGUUUCCCCUCGCUUUUGCUCUGCUGCUCGUCUACAUCGUCGGCCAGAAUCGACGGAAAAACCCUCUUUACUUCGAGCAGGUGAUAUUAAAUGGUAGCCCAGGUGGCAGCCGUGGCUCUUCUUCGUCGUCGUCAGCCGCGACAGGACAAGAACAAGGCGGGCGCUGGUGCUCUGACGUCCCGACGACUCUCUCCGCCGCCUCCCGAGGCUGGGUGGUCUGGGAGCACGAGCGGACGCCGCUGGUGGGUAUGAAAUGCGAUAGUACUAUCGUACUGGUACUAGUAGAAGCUACGUAAUUUUUGCAAUACAAGUUAGCUCAGAAUGACAGAGGCGGGAAUUCGUCAUGGUGAUGUACCUUGUGAGGGAGAUUUGUCAUGCAUGGUUGCGAAUACUACGAGAACGAUAAUUUUGCACUGGAUCCUGGGGAGCCAGCGAGAAAAAGCGUUGAUGCUGUCGAAAAAACUGCCUACCACGGCCGUCGUGCUGGAACAGGCGGAAUUUUUUCUCGGCAUGCUGGAUGUGUGCGAAAAGUGCUACAACGUCCUACUCUGGGACGACCCGGUCGCCUCAACUUUCGUUUCCCUCGGGAUUGUGGCCGUUUUCGCAGCGUUCUCUGCCGUGCUGUUCACCGGCCAAUUUAUUUUCGUAUCCCUCCUACCCCGCAGUUGCACCCUCGAGGACCUGGCGCGACUCAGUUUCUGCCUGGCCCACAUUGCCGUACUCGCGGCGUUUCAGCAGGGGUCUUCAGGAAACUGGUUCAGACGUGACGAGCCUGUGCCUCAGGUGUCCUCUGAACGAGCGGGUAAAAAUAAUUCUGACGCGGUCCAGACUCAUGACUAUGGCGCUGGAGGUAGUGCAACAGCAACUACAUCUGCUGACCUUCUUCAACCAAGUCCAACGUCAUCCUCCAGCGAAGAUCGAUCCUCAUUUAUGUCCAGCCUGUUGCACAACGACCCACGAGCUGGUGUCCAGCUUCUUCUCGAGGACUGGCGCAUCAAGUUCCAAGGCUUUUACGAUCGAAUUCCUACCUGGAGCGACAGCGGCCGCCGGUACCUGGCGCUGUUGCAGCGAGACAGUGUGUAUGCACUGCAACAGCAUCGUACUCGUAUAAAUGCAUUACAGAUUUCCUCAGCAUGAAAAAUAAAAGAACUUGUAUAUGCGAAUUCACCUUUAAGAAAAAGAUUUUUUGCAAUGCAUGAUUUUGAUUGCAAUACGAGUGCGAUACUUUUGCACAGGAUAGUGUGGCAGAGUCGAAAGCGUUUGACCGUUACUUGCAAGUGCGAUUGGAAGAAGAAACUUCUGCGAGCUGAUGUAUGAUGAAGUAAGAGAUCAUAAAAAAAAAAACAAUGCACUUAGGGUUGACGAUGGU